AUGGUCCGCGACCAGUUCAAGUAUCUGGCCGCCGCAUACACCGACGCCGGCAUCGGGUUUCGGCUCGCGGGCGUCGACCGCGUCACGAACGACACGUGGGCCCGCAACGGCGACGACGCGAACAUGAAACGCGCGUUGCGCCGCGGCACCUACUCGGCGCUCAACGUCUACUACCAGAGUCUGCUGCAGGCCGACUCGAACACGCCCGGUCUGCCGGCCGGCAGCGUCUUGCUGGGCUUCUGCACGCUCCCCGUGGCCGGCGUGUACGCGGGCAUGGAUCCCGCGGCCUACGCGCUCGACGGGUGCAACAUCCUCAGCGCCACGAUGCCCGGCGGGAGUUACGCAGGGUACAAUCUAGGCGGGACGACCGCUCACGAAGUAGGCCACUGGAACGGGCUCUUGCACACCUUCGCCGGGAAUUCGUGCGCCGCCUCGGAUUUCGGCGACUACGUUGCAGACACGCCCCAGGAGAGAACUAGUACGAGUGAGUAUUGCUGUGUCCCCCCUUCUUUUUGA